AUGGUUCUGAGCAUACCCGAGACCGGCCUCCAUCUGGAGAGCUCGGCCAAGUCUGCAGACACCCUUCCUCUGCAGGCUUUUGCCCUCACCCUCAACGACAAUGUAAUUGAGGACCUGAUCCGGCAAGUGCAAAAUGGAGGCGAGGUCAAACUUUCCCUGGGGAACGUUCCUUCCCUCCUCUGCGGCAGGGAAGCAGUCCACAAAAUCCCCAGGGCUGCCGAGAUACCCAACCUCGACCUCUACCUUACCGAUCCCUCAGACUCGACGCAAGAAGCAGAGAAACUGCCCCACCCCUCCAUGUCCCUCUUCAUGAGGCCUGAGCUCAGGCGGUACCCCAAGCUCGCCGCGGGCCGCGUGGUCGUCAAGGAGAAGCCCGCCCCAGCGAGUGCCCCAGCUCCGGCUCGCACCCCUUCAAAAACCGAUCUCCCCGAUGACAUUGCACAAUUGAAGAAGUCCAUGGCCCAGGCCAAGAAUGACAAGCUGGAGAAUGGUACCAAGAUCGUCAAUACUCCCAUCUCGGGAAUGAAGCGGGGCACGAAGAGCGGCAAGGCGAAGUUGCUUCCAUCGGCCAAGGGAAGUACCUUCACGGGCACCAUCAGCCGAUCUGGUGCUGCCAGCCCAGCCCUCAGUGGAACCGGCUCUCCGUCCCUGGGCGCCACGCUAUCAGCUGACGAGCUGGCCAAGGAGAGGGCCAAGGAGCUUCGAUCACCAAUUGUGCACGAGUUGGCCGUCAGGGAAAUGACCUUUGAGGAGCUUCAGUCCAGGUGGCCGAAUGACGACAAAGACUUCAAGCCUGCCUUGGAUAAGGUGGCCGAUUUCGACAGCAGCCGCCAGAAGUACGCCUUGAAGAAGAUGUACUGGAAGGAACUCGACGUGUUCAGAUACGGUUACGACUCAGACGAGGAGCGACAGAAGGCCAUCGACAACGCCAUCAGGAUGUACGAUCGCAUGCGCGUGGGUACUACAGAACCCGAGUGGCAGAAGUUGCUGCCGAAAGAGGAGCGCGGCAAGGGAAAGUGUCUCAGCAAGCUGCAGGCAACCAUUGCCAAGAGUGCGGCUACUGCACAAGCCAAGACGCCGCAGAUCAAGGUCCAUGACGCAGAAGAUUCGAGCGGCAGCAGAAAUGGAGAUGGCAACAUGUCGGGUGUUGAGAGAAAGACAAAGAAGGCGGGUUCACCACUGCCACGGUCUUCCUCGCAGACCAGACAACCGGCCAAGAAGAUGGAAAACAAACUGUUGUCACAGAAGAAGACACCAACGCCCAAAGUCUCACCUACCAAGGCUGGCGCGAAGUCGACAAAGGCCAAGGGCGGCCGCGUCCUUUCCAAAGAGAUCAUCUCGGAUUCUGAUUCUUCUUCGGAAGAGGCGCCACUGAUGAACAAGUCGAAGGCCGUUGACAAGGAGCGAGAGAGAGCAAAGGAGAGAGAGCGAGAGCGAGAACGGGCCGAACGAGAGAAGGAGCGCGAGAGGGCCGAACGAGAAAAGGAGCGCGAGAAAGCUGAGCGCGAGAGGGAGCGUGAGAGAGAGCGCGAAAGGGAGCGCGAGAGGGAGAAGGCGAGGCAGGCGGAGAAGGCAAGGCAAAAGGAGGCCGCAGCCGCCAAGCCCAAGCCCAAGCCAGCCGCUCCCAAAGAAAUCAUCAAGCCACAGGUCGUUGCUCGACCAGUCGUCCAAAAGCGAUCUCGAGACGAGCCUGAUGACGACAGUAGCUCCAGCUCUGGCACACCACUGAGCAAGCGCGUCAACCGGGAGAUCAAGGCAUCUGCUGCGCCCCAGUCCAAGCUGUCAAACAAGCGACCUCCCUCAGAAUCGAGUUCACAGAGCUCAUCUCGCAGCAACGGUAAUGCUGUCCCCAGCAAGUACAAGAACACCAGCCCGAUCAAGUCAUCACCACUUGCAUCUUCCCCUCCGACCAACGCCUCAGACUUCGACCAACAUACCUCUACCGACGAGAGCCGACAUGGUCGUCAACGCGACCGAUCUCAAGAUCGCAGUGUGACAGUGGCGAACGGAAACAUCAACGUCAAGAAGCGCAAGGCCGACCGGGACACCAUCGAUGUGGCCAUGGCGGACAAGAAGCGCCCGCGGGUGUCGACCGAGGUCCUGGACAAGGCGCGAACGUUCAAGAUUGGGUACAAGGUGUACCAGGAGCUCCACCGCGAGCUGUCCGCGGCCAACAGCUUCAACGAGAAGAAGUACGAGAAGCUGAUGGCGAUGCACGAGAGGCUGGAGCACCUCAAGAGCUCCAUCUACUCUCAGGUGCCGCAGGGGGUCUAG